AUUGUAUACUUAUAUACAUACAUUUUUAUACAUAUGUUUAUUUAAUCAUAAAUUAAAACAUUAUUAUUCUCAAAACAUAUUAUUAUUUAUUUUCUCAUCAAAUAUAUAUUAGCAUAUAAAUUAUACACUACAAUAUUUUCAUUUUUAAGAAAAAAUUAUUGAGAAUAACUAUGAAGUUAUUUCAAAUGAUGAUAUUUUGUUUCUCUUUUAUCUAAGAAUUAUACAGUCACUAUAAAACAAAAUGAUCGAAAGAUUAGGAAAACGAAAUAUGCCUUUAUAGAAUCUCAGGUGGCACUUAUAAAAGAUUUCUCAUAAAACUUUUAGAAUUAUGUUCAACUUUAACACUAUCAGUCAUGCGAGCCAAUUUUGGUCUUGUACAAUUGCAUCUCUUCGUCGAUACAAAUGUCAAAAUAACCGUUUUCGAAGUCAUAGAUUUCUGUCCAGUACAAAAAAGACAGAAAAACCACCAUCUGAGGAAGAUAAACUUGUGACCACCGAAAUUGCUAUUGUGAAAGAAUGCAAAACACCUCCAGAAGAACGAAAAACAGAUAUAAAACCAAGAUUACAAACUAUUCGGGUAUAUCGUUGGAAUCCAGAAAAGCCAAAUGUAAAACCAUAUAUGCAACAAUUUAGUGUGGAUUUAAAUAAAUGCACUGGUACAAUGGUAUUAGAUAUAUUGGCAUUAAUAAAAGCAGAAUAUGAUCCCACGUUAUCCUAUCGAAAAUCCUGUCGUGAGGGAAUUUGUGGAUGUUGUGCAAUGAAUAUAAAUGGUGUCAAUAACUUGGCUUGCAUCACAAAAGCACUGGAAUCAUCAAAGCCCAUAGUUAUUUAUCCUUUACCACACGCAUACGUAAUUAGAGAUUUAGUAACGGAUUUGGAACAAUAUUUGAAACAAUAUAAAAAUAUUGAACCAUUUUUAAAACGAACUGGAGAAGAUAAUUAUGUCGGUUUACGGCAAAUUCUACAGAGUCCAAGAGAUAGAGAUAAACUUAAUGGUUUAUACGAGUGUAUCUUAUGUGGAUGUUGUACUUUUGCUUGUCCACCUUAUUGGUGGCUCGGUGAUAAAUUUUUAGGUCCAUCAACUCUUUUGCAGGCUUAUAGGUGGAUAAUAGAUUCACGUGAUAUGGGGCACAAAGAAAGACUUACUAAAUUACGUGAUUAUUACUCGGUAUAUCGAUGUCAUACUAUUUUUAAUUGCACAAAAACUUGUCCGAAGGGUUUGAAUCCUGGAAAAGCAGUAGCUCAAAUAAAACGAUUGUUAGCGGGACUUGCUAAAAAAGAACGACCAGAUAUAGAAACUCCAAUUCCAAAUCCAUGUCGAGGCGAAGAAGAGUAUCCAUGUAGAGAGGAAUAGAUAAAAAUGAAAAAACGUGAUCAAUAAAACAUUACAUCUUUAUACGAUUUGUAAUUGUAUAUAAAUUGCAUUUUCUUAUUAUAUACAAGAGUUUAUUUUUUUUUUUUGAUGAAAUGAAAAAAUGAUUAAGUUUAGUUUUCGUGAUAUAUUGAAAAAAUUAUUUGUAUUAAUAUAUACGAAAAUUUUAGCAAAAAUUGGCACAAAGACAACGAAUUUUUAAUAAUCAUUACAAAACACACAACACACAACACACAAAAAUAUAAAAUAUUUUGUACAUAUCAGUUACAUAGUUUCAUAUCACUUACUUAGUUUUCUAUAUUUUUAAUUUUAUUUAUACUACACUUAUAUGUAUACUGUGAAGAAUUAAAUUAAUUUAAUUUA